ACGAAUACUUCGUAAACGGACUGUGUUUUUUAUUAUAUUUUUUUAUUUGCAAUGUGUGUUCGAAAGUGAGAGGGCUCGUAACCGGCGCCAGCGAUGUCGCUGGAGGGCCAGCGAUGCGUCUGCGUGGUCGUACUUCUCAUCCACACGGUCACUGGAGCUGGUGAAGGAUCAUCAUCUCCAGUUCCAGAAAUAUCAACAAUUAAAGCAGAACAGAAUGAACUGACGGUCACAUUCCCACCAUUAGAUGAGUUUUAUGGAAACGCACCAGAGAAACAUUUCGGCACUGAAAAUAAUACGAUUGUGACGUCACAAACUGGAUCCACCGCACUUCUGCCCUGCGUGAUUAGGAAUAUUGGAGAUGGUAUAGUAUCUUGGAUAAGAAGAAAGGAUUAUCAUCUGCUAACAGUUGGAUUGACCACUUACAGUUCCGAUCAGAGGUUCCAAGCAAUACAUUUGCAGCAUUCAGAGGAUUGGACUCUCAAGGUGAAAUUCGUGCAGAAACGUGACGCAGGUAUCUACGAGUGUCAAGUUUCCUCACAUCCACCGACCAGCAUCUUUCUACGGCUCGACGUUAUUGAGGCGCGCGCCCAAAUAUCCGGCCCCACGGAAAAAUACCUCAAGCCGGGAUCCACUCUACGUCUGCAAUGUUCCGUCGUACAGACUACUGAAGCACCCGCUUUUGUGUUUUGGUAUCACAAUAGUAGAAUGAUUAACUACGACUUGGAACGUGGCAUCAAUGUGACCACGGAUCCAGCACAGCGACUCUCCGACCUCCUAAUUCCAGCUGCGAGCGUCUCUCACGCCGGUAACUACACCUGCGUCCCCAACAACGCCGUACCCGCUAGUAUAUACGUCCAUAUUUUUAAUGGAGAGAAUCCAGCCGCGAUGCAAUCGUCGUCGCCUUGUCCUAUGAACUCUUGGUACAUUCAUGUCGUUCUAUACUCAUUUCUGAUACAUCUUAUUCUCCGGUGA